ACUCUUUUUGGCUGACUGUUGGUUGUUGCACAUACUUUUUCUUGAAGAGGUGGUUUACAGAGAUUGUACAUGUGCUUAUCAUGUAUAGCUUUGUAGGUUGGAAAGGCCUAUGGGUCUUGUCUGUGAUCUUAUUAGGAUGCUGUCUGACUGUCCAGGGCCAGGACAGUAGCUCAUCAUCAUCAAGUAGCGGGGUAAUUUCAGACUUGCCCUGCGCAUCCCCUGAAGGGGAUAUCGUUCAGCAUGGAGAAAGAUACCAAAUGUCGGAAUGUUCUUUCUGCGAAUGUGACAACUCCACGCUCAGUUGCCAGUUUGAAACUUGUCCCCCGCUAACCUGCAGGAACCGCAUCAAGUUUGAGGGAGUUUGCUGCAAAGCUUGCCCCUACAAUGUGACCAUUGAAGAUGUGGUUCCAAUCGUACCUCCCGAUACCCAGAUCGAGCAGGGUAAAGUGAGUGAGAUUGCCCUAGAUCUAGAUGCGAUGUACGCCUUCAACGCUGAGGCAACAAGUGUUGCUGGACAAGGCCUUUGGACAACGAGGCUGUGGAUGGCUGAAAAUGAAGACGGUACCGGCGAGCUCUCUGGCACUAUUGUGGAGGAGGCUCUCACUGAAGGACAGCAGUCACAAGAUCUAAAGAAGAACCCUGGAGGAGUGUUCUCCAUAGAGGACAUCAGGUAUCGCUUUGACUUGACUGAUCAUACAUGUGAAGAAGCCAAUUUCAUCUGUGCUAAAUUCAACAAAGGACCCAACCCAGAAGUGGAAAAGGACUACUUGACGUUUCACUUUAGUGCCAAGCCAACAGAGGAAGUUUUGACUGGAUGUGUCGAAAAUACCUUCUGUAAAGGUGACGCCAAGAUGCUUGUUACUGCCGUUGAGCCAGUAAUUGCUGGCAACACUGUACUCAAAGAAUUUGCCGUCAAUGAAGUUCCUUUGGAUCUUGAUAUAUCUUACUUGGACAUUGAGGAAACGACUGAUGUAGAUGGUGAAAACCUCUGGACUGCCAGUAUGUGGAUGAGCAGUGAUGCAAGGGGUUCUAAUGUCCUUUCUGGCACGCAGGUUGAAGAGGUCCUCACCCCCACACAUCGAAACCAGGAUCUGGUCAAAGAUCCUUCUGAACUUUUCUCCUUCAACGGUGUCACCUACAGUGCUGACCUUUCAAGUCACAGCUGUGCAGAGGCCCAGUAUUUCUGUGCAAAGUUUAACAAAAACCCUGAACCACAACUAGGUAGGGAUUACGCCGGGUUUAUUUUGGAAGGAGAUCCUGAUGACAGCGUCUUGACAGGCUGCACUGCAGUAGAAGCUUGUGCAGGUGUGAAAGUGACCGACUUGAAUUGGGAGCGCACAGUUGGAAAGAUGAAGUAUGGUGUCCCGACUCCUCUGACAAUUGAUGCUACUGUUGGCACCGCCGCAGAUAGCAGUGAGCUGGAAGGUUCAGGCCUAUGGAAAAUGAACAUUUUCGGCAGCGAGAACAUGGACGGCUCUGGCAAGCGUAAACCUCUAAAAUCACAGAUCCUGAAGGCAGAUGACCAGGCCAAGCCAUUGAUAUCUCCUGGCAAUCCUAUGGACUUCUCAGGUAUCUCGACGUCAUUCCCAAUUGAGGAUGUUGGCUGCGGAGAGCUAAGCUAUCUCUGCCUGGAAUUUGAGAGUGGGGACAGUCCAAACCCAUCCUACGCAUUUGGCACUUCCACUGGUGAAGAUUCACUGAUCAGUUGUAAAGCAGAAGAGUGCAAAGGGGUCUAUGUCUCAAGUGUGGAUUCAACACUUCUUGGUGGAGCUCUCACUGAAGACGAACCCUCCAACAAUGUCCGCUUUGAUACCAUCGUCCAAACUACUGAAGAAAGCCGACCCGUGGUUGGACGCAAUCUCUGGCGUCUCAAUCUCUACGGUAGUGAAACUGGAGAUGGUCUUGGCACAAAGUACAACGAGAAGGAGCAAGUUCUCAGUAAUUCGCACAGUAGUCGAGCUCUGACUGAACCUGGAUCCACUCUGGACUUCCAGCCCAUCUCAACACAGUUUGACAUGAGUGAUUUGAACUGUGAGAAAGUGAAGUUCUUGUGUACAGAGUUCAGCCGUAAUCCAAGCUCCUCCGUUGCCUUUGAGGUUACCCCAGAUCCAAGUGACGACAUGACUAGACUGAGGGAUUGUAUGGAUGUACCAGAGAAUUUGUGCAGAGGUGUAAUCGCGGAGAGAUUUGAUUGGGAAUACAAGGCAGACAGACCCAUCCCCGGCCAACAAACACCAGUGAAAUACAACGCUGAGCUGAUCACCCGCUCUGGAAGCCGUGACUUGGAAGGAGAAGGACUAUGGCGUAUGGGCAUGUAUGGAAGCAAGAGUCCUGAUGGAGGAGAAACAGAUCGCUUCGGUUACGUCCAGCAAGCCUUGAACCCAGCAGGCGCCGCAACUACAUUGGAUGGCGGGUUCCCUAUGCCGAUUAGAAAUCAAGAGGUUGAUUUUGAAUUGGGCUCCAUUGGCUGCAACGGCUACGACUACGUCUGUGCUGAGUUCACCAAGGGCGAUGCACCCAAUCCAGACUACAAGUUUCAGGUUGUGAGCCGCUCUGAUACAGACACUGGCGAUGUCCUCACAUCUUGCAAGAAGCAGAAGUGUUCAGCACGUGCUGUAUUUACUAGUCUGGAGUCAGCAAUUGCAGGAGAUGGUCCAGUCAUAGAGCAGAAACAAGACAAUGACCUUGUCAUGGACAUCACUGGAAUAACUGGUGAUGGCUCAACCGAAGUCGGCGGAGAAAACCUCUGGAGGGUGGGUAUGUACGGAAGCUCAAGCCCACAGGGCAGAGGUCGUAAACUCGGCUACCAAACCCAGGUCCUCAGCCAGCCCCAGAUGGAUCAAACUCUAGAAACAGAUUCGGAUCUACCCUUUGGAGACACACAGGUGAACUUUGACAUGACAGGCCUGCUGUGCAAGGACGUGAAGUACCUCUGUACGGAGCUGCGCAAGAAUCGUGACGCUACACCUGACUACACCUUUGAGGCCAUUCCAAAUGAGAGGGCUCUGGUCUCCUGUACUGAGCUGGGAGACAGGUGCAAAGGUGUAACACUGACUGAUAUGGAUUGGGAGUAUGAUGUCGGAGCGAUGCAGUACGGAAUGCCAACACCACUGACUAUCGACGCAGAGGUCCGCACAACCCCAGAAAGCCGUGAACUGGAGGGCACUGGUCUCUGGAAGAUGAACCUCUUUGGAAGUCGCAACGCAGACGGUUCUGGCCAGAGGAUGCCUGAGCGUUCACAGAUCUUGGAUGGCUACAACCAGGCUAGACCCCUACCUGCCGGUGGCCCUGUGAAGUUUGACGAUGUGGUCGCUAACUUCCCAAUAGAAGAUAUCGGCUGCAAUGAUUUCAAACAUAUCUGCUUGGAGUUCACUCAGGGAGAUUACCCCAACCCGCAGUAUGCGUUCAGAACCGCCGAUGAUAAGGAAUCCAUCAUCGACUGCAAGCCCGCCAAAUGCAGAGCUGUAUAUGUUGACAGUGUUGAAUCAACUAUACAAAAUGCCGAGCUGUACGAAGGCAAGCAAAGCAACCUGGUCCAGUUUGAUACUAUUGUGGGGACCACAGAUGAAAGCACACCCAUGGUCGGACGCAACAUGUGGCGUCUGAACCUCUACGGCAGCGAGAGAGAGAAUGGCCAGGGUCCACGUUACGCUGAGCAAGAGCAGGUCCUCUCCGACUACUUCAGCAGCCGUGAGCUGACGAAUCCAGGGGACUCCCUGAACUUCCGCACCAUCGACGCUGAUUAUGACAUGACUGGAUUAGACUGCAAGAAGGUCAAGUACUUGUGUACAGAGUUUAGUCGCAAUCCAAGCUCUUCAGUCGAGUACGAACUUAUUCCCGUCCCAAAUGAAAGGACACUCCGAGAUUGUAUGGAGGUAACUGAUGAAAUGUGCAAAGGUGUGGUGAUUGAGGACAUGAACUGGAGAAUGGAAGAGCCACGAGGUGCAGUUUUACCAGGUGUGCAAACCCCUAUUAGACUGGAUGUGGAUGUGGAUUCCAGACCUAACACCGGUAGUGCUAGCGGGGACGCACUCUGGAGAGUUGGUAUCUUCGGUGCGACAAAACCAGACGGCAAGGGCCCAAGAAUUGGUAUGGAACGUCAAAUCCUGUCCCGAGACCUCUCAAGCCGUGACCUGUUUGGGGGAGAAACUCUUUCCUUUGACGGAAUCGACACCAACUUUGACCUGUCGCAGAUCGGAUGUGAAUCUGAGUACCAGUAUUUGUGUGUGGAGUUUGCCAAAGGACUGCGCGCUCAACCAGACUUCAGAUUUGAGACGGGCGCUGGUGAAGAGACCAUUGUCAAGUGUAAAGAUGAAGAUUGUCGCAAAGGUGUCAAAGUGAGUGGCCUGGAUAUCAUCGACAACGAUUACACAACCUUGAAGGAGAACACACCCAACAACAGGGUCAUUUUCGAUGUGACCGCCGAGGUCACACCAGACAGUGGCGGAGCAGAUGGAGAUGACCUCUGGCAAAUGGCCCUCUAUGGAAGCAACAAUGUGGACGGCUACGGCCGCCGCAUGAAUGAGCAGAGCGAGGUCUUCAACAACUACCAGGAGGACAAGGACGUACUCCCUGGUGAGAACAUCCGAUUCGGUAUGGUUGACACCAACUUCAACAUGAACGGUUUGGCAUGCACAGAGAUGCCGUAUCUCUGUGCCGAGUUAAAGAAGGGACUGCGACCCUACCCAGACUUCCAGUUUGAGGCUGUCCCAGAUGAGAGCGUCUUGAAGAAGUGUUUCCGCACAAAAUGCGACGGUAUAACCAUUGACAGCACGACACUGAGCGGAGAUGACUUCAACAUCAAUGACGACACUGACGAAAUCGUCUUUGAUGUCACCACGACCUCAAACCCAAACAGUGGUGACGCCACCGGCCGUAACCUCUGGAAACUGGAGACGUACGUGGCCAACAACAAAGACGGUGAGGGCUCUCGCCAUACACUUGACCGACAGACACUGAGCAGUGAGAUGGCCAGUCGUGACUUGAAAUCUGGUAACCGUCUGGUGUUCAACAACCUGGCAGCUCGCAUCAACAAGGAUGACGUACCUUGCGAGGAAGGCGGUGGCUACAUCUGCGUUGAGCUGAAGAAGGGAGACAAUCCCACACUUCCAUUCACCCUAAGCGGAGCCAGAGGGCAAGACUCCCUCAGAAAAUGCAGGAAACUCAAGUGUUUGAAGGCUGAGGUUGCAAAGGGACCACCAGGUGAUAAGGGCCCAAAAGGAGCACCAGCUGACCUCCCAGCCUACCUGGCAGGUGGACCUCCAGGCAUUCCCGGCCCCGCUGGACCAGCCGGCUACCCAGGACCCAAAGGAUACCCUGGCCGAAUGGGAUCACCCGGAUUCAAGGGACCAAAUGGAGACUAUGGACCUAACGGAUACCCAGGUGUACCAGGAAGUCCUGGACCACCAGGACCCCCCGGUGAGGCAAUUGCCCCUGCAACCAUCGCUAGACCAUCUGGUGGCAAGAAGGGAUUCAACUUUGGGAUGUCCCCAUCACAAGUGGUCCAGGGACCACCUGGACCUGUUGGUCUACCAGGAAAGGCUGGAGUUAGGGGACCUUCCGGAAUGAGAGGCCAGUCUGGAGACAUGGGAGCUGUUGGACAACCUGGACCUUCCGGCCCAGCCGGACCAAGAGGAGAAGAGGGUGACGACGGCAGAGACGGAAGUGAUGGUAGUUCAGGAUCAACAGGACCAGCUGGUAUUCUCGGAGCACAGGGAGCAAGUGGAAGACCAGGAAAUCCAGGUAGUCAAGGACACAAGGGAUGGAGGGGUGGACGAGGUGCUAAGGGAGUCCGUGGUGAUAGUGGUGAGGUUGGAGACAACGGAGAUAAUGGUGCCGUCGGAGCAGCUGGAGCUGUUGGAGCCACAGGCGAACGAGGUCACGGUGGUGAGAGAGGAGAACGAGGAUCAAGAGGAAGUGUGGGAGCGCGUGGAAAAGACGGUGAUGACGGAGACGUUGGAAACCCUGGAUCAGUCGGUGCAUCAGGAAUCUUGGGCCCUAUGGGUCAAAAGGGACACAUGGGUGUGACAGGAGAACAGGGUGAAAGUGGUCUGCAAGGAAUCGCAGGUCUCCGUGGUGAGAGUGGUGGAGAUGGUGCUCCAGGUCAGACUGGUGCUGCUGGAUUUGCUGGUAAGGAUGGUGCUGCAGGAUCCACUGGUGACAUGGGUGCUGCUGGGGCCAAUGGUGGAGCAGGCGCGACUGGUGCAAGAGGUCCUGCAGGAAGCCGCGGUGCCCCUGGUGUUGGUGGUGAGGUCGGACAACAAGGCUACGCUGGACUUCAGGGCUCUCGUGGUAACGCUGGUACUCAGGGAGCAAGAGGAACAGUAGGUCCCAGUGGUGUGGCUGGAACCGAUGGACAAGAAGGAGCAGAGGGCGAGAGUGGUCCAUCUGGCCCAGCAGGAGCACGAGGAGCUGUUGGUGCACGUGGAGGUGUGGGAGCACCAGGACCCUCAGGUGUUCAAGGUGCUGUAGGUUACCAGGGUAACGCUGGAGCCCAAGGAAGUGUUGGAGCACCAGGAGAGAAGGGUGAUGGGGGCUCCGCUGGACGAACAGGUGAUGCUGGUACCCCAGGUGGACAGGGUCCCCCAGGAAGUGAUGGACGUGCAGGAAACGAUGGCAAGCCAGGACCACCAGGAGAAGCUGGCACCGAUGGCCGACCGGGACCACCAGGUCCAAGUGGUCUCCAAGGAGCAAGAGGAACACCAGGCUUGCCAGGAGCACCAGGAGCCUUGGGAGAGGGUGGAAGACGAGGAUCAGCUGGUGCUGCAGGACCACGAGGCCCACAGGGAGCAGAAGGCGAAGAUGGACGCCAGGGUGUUGCAGGACCCACUGGAGCACAAGGUUCACGCGGUGAUUCUGGACCUCAAGGAUCUCAGGGACCUGGAGGACCAAACGGACAAAUGGGACUUACCGGAGCACGAGGAGCCAAGGGAAAGAGAGGAGUUCCAGGAGUUGCAGGAGCAGCUGGCCAAGGCGGACCUCAAGGAAUGUCUGGAGACCGUGGAGCCCCAGGAGCCAUGGGUGUAGCUGGAGCCCCAGGAUCUGAGGGAGAGACUGGUGUAGAUGGACGCGACGGAUCAUCUGGUGCUCCUGGUACUAAGGGAGCCAAUGGUGACGUAGGACGAAUUGGAAUCCCAGGACUUCCUGGAGCCCCAGGUGACCGUGGUGGUGUAGGACAGAUGGGUAUCUCCGGAGCACCUGGAUCCCAAGGUUCAUCAGGCAAACGAGGACUUUCUGGAAAGGCCGGAUCAAGAGGAUCUCCAGGCCCACGGGGACCAGCUGGAUCUACUGGUCUGAGUGGAGAGCCCGGUGAUAUCGGAAGAUCAGGAAGAACUGGACCCCCUGGACCUAAAGGAAACCCGGGAGAGAGAGGAAGCUCUGGCCAACGAGGAGCUCAGGGUAUUCAAGGAGGACAGGGACCACAAGGAGUUGUCGGAGGCCGUGGAGAGAAGGGACCCAGAGGUUCCGUCGGUGAGGCUGGAGGCCAGGGUAGCUCUGGCGCAACUGGACGUCCCGGACAAGCAGGAGCAUCUGGAGCCCAAGGAGCACGUGGGGAGGCCGGCUCACAAGGAGCUGUCGGACCUGGUGGAAACAACGGAAUGCCUGGACCCCCUGGACCAUCUGGAGUUCCUGGUGCAAGAGGAGAGGUUGGACCCUCUGGAAGCAACGGCCGAACUGGACCAACUGGAUCACGUGGAACACAAGGAGUGAAGGGUUCCACUGGUAUCCGUGGUGUCCCAGGACUUCAAGGAUCUACAGGAUCUUCAGGAGACGACGGUAGAAAUGGUGCUACAGGACCUGCUGGAUCUGCUGGAUCUCCUGGUCCAUCUGGAAUCAUUGGAGGAUUAGGUAGUAUGGGAGCAAUGGGAGCCCCUGGACCCGCUGGUGCCGCUGGACGUCCUGGUGCUGAUGGAUCUGAUGGUAAGCGUGGAUCAGCCGGUCAACAGGGACCUGGUGGACGCAUGGGAGCACAGGGUAUCAAGGGACCCACAGGACCAAGGGGAUCAAGUGGCCGUGAUGGAGACACUGGACCACAGGGAGCUCAGGGACCUAGUGGACCCACCGGUGAUAAGGGAAAUGCUGGUGCCCCAGGAGCCAUGGGAGCUAGAGGAAUGAAUGGACCCGGAGGACCCGCUGGUGCCAAUGGAGAGCGUGGACCUCGUGGACCCGCUGGCCCCGCUGGUGUACGUGGCAGUGCUGGACCUGAUGGUGCUAUGGGAUCUGCUGGAGUUGCUGGACCGGCUGGAGCUAGAGGCGAAGCGGGAGCCACCGGAAUCACGGGACACAAGGGAUGGAGCGGUGGCCCAGGAACCCCUGGACCAGCAGGACCACCCGGCCAAGCUGGAGCACGUGGAUCCCAUGGAAGAUCUGGACCCGCUGGACCUGCUGGUCUUGACGGACCAAGCGGCAGAAAUGGAAAGUCUGGACAACAGGGACCUCGUGGUAUGUCAGGACAAGGUGGAGGACGUGGAUCUGAUGGACGCUCUGGACCCGCUGGACCCCCAGGACCUCCCGGCCCAGCUGGAGCCCCUGGAGCUCUUAGCUACUCACAAGGAUAUUCUGGGCCAGCUGCAGUUAGUGGAAACAAGGGACUCAACCCAUAUGCUUCUGGAUAUGGAGACGAUGCCGAGGUCGAUGAGGAUGACUUUGAGAGCCGUAUCAAGCAGCUCCGUGUACGCAUGAUGAAGUUGAUGCAUCCCAACGGUGAGGCAGACUACCCCGCCCGCUCCUGCAAGGAUCUCUUCAAGAACUACCCAGUAUUCCCCAGUGGUUAUUACACCUUGGACCCCAGCACCGGAUCCCCCUACGACAAGUUUGUGGCUUACUGUGACAGGAAGACCAACAGCACAUGUGUAUUCCCCGAAAGACAAGAGGUUCCCAAGGCAACGUAUUAUCUUGGUGAUGAUUCUCCAGUUGACUUCUCCUCCAUGCAGAAUGGCUCAAUGAUCUCAUACAACGUUAAGCCCGUUCAGUUGACCCUCCUGCGUCUCAUCUACUCCCAAGCCAAGCAGAAUGUCACCUACCACUGCAGAAACUCUUUUGCUGUGUCUGACCGUAAGGACAGGAUCAACCGAGCCAUCACCCUGGUAGGACCCCACGGGGCUCGAAUGAACAUCAACAGCACCAAAAAGGAUCUACAGUACGAUGUUGAGGGAGAGGAUGGUUGCCAGGAACAUGACGACGUUUGGAGAAAGACCACCAUUGUCUACACAACCAAGAAAACCGAACGUCUACCCCUCGUUGAUGUUGCUAUGUCAGACAUCGGAGAAAGCAACCAACAAUUCGGGAUGACAAUUGGUCCAGUCUGCUUCUCGUAGACACUCAUCCUUUUUGGUUCAGACGUCACAGCAAAGAAGAGUUCAAAACCAACUUUUAUUUCAACUUUUAUCAUACCAGCAAAAUGUUUUCGUUACUAAACCAGUACUUUAUUAAGAAUGGUUCCAACAUUUCUUAAGAAAUGGAGGACAAAAAUUAGGAUUUGAUUCUCACUCAACUCUUCUUUCUGUGAUUGGUCAAAUGUUUUUUUUUAAUUAAGCAUAAAAAGUACUGAAAUUAAAAGCCCUGUACAAGUAAUUGACAGGAUAGUAGAUUAUAGAACUUGCUUACAUGGCAGACUGUUUUAAUGCCAUAGCUUGCCUCUUGGUUGACCAAAACCUGAAAAAAAAGAUUAUUUUAUUGUUUUGCAUGACCAUUUCUGCUGAAAGAUUUUGUUUGAUACAUGUAGUUCAUCUAUUUCUAUAAUGGUACAAUGAAGUUCAGUUGCCAUCUUGCCCUUUUUGUAAAAAGCUUAAUUUUCUACCCAUGGUUAAACAUUGUAAUGGGUUUCUACCUGUAAAAAAAGCGUGGUUUGGUGACAGCGAGAAAGAAUUUUGUUUAGAAUGCGAGACGUCAAAUAAUGUCCUAAUUGGCUAGAAAAACUCAUUCUAAAAACUCCUCCAAAUUGCACAUACUAAACAAUUAAGACGUCAUGAACCACUAACUGGUGUUACAUUGAGUCAAAAGGCAACUGUGAAUUUAAAUAAACCUUAUUUGUAGUCUGACAAGUAUAAACAUGCAUGAUACUCUUGAAGAAACAUCCUCAGGAAACAUCAGAAGAAUAGACUGAACUGUCCAAUACAGCGUACACUAUGUGUACGUGUAGGUCAGCCCUUGUAUGCGAUAAAACAUCCCUACUUUUUUUGCAAGCACCAAAAAUCAUGUCAGUAUAAUUUGACAUGGUGUUAGAAUACAGUGUGAAUUCCCUCCGUACUAGGACAAGCUUUGGAAGACAUAACAUCUUGCAUUCAAAUUUCCAUGUGGAUUUGUAUAAUGUUCACCAAACUUCCAUAUUUAAACUGUGAGCUUGAUAGCUUUGUAUUCAACAAAUCCCUUUGUCUUCCUUAUAUCAAUAGUUGUAACUCUCCAAUGUUCCACGUGUCCGAUUGCAAAGAAUACUAAACACUGAUUACAGGGAGGGGAUGUAUCAGGGGUUGUAUGAGGGUGUGUGUCAUACAGAAUCCUAAGUGAUUGAUAGUGCAUGUCCCAAGCCUGUUUCAGGCUAGUUAAUUGUUACUGAGCGCCCAAUAAAGCUUUUAUUAUCAAUAUUGGA